AUGGCCGAAGCGAGCAGCGUCAACGUAGGUAGCGGCUGUGAAGAAAAAGGGCCCGAGGAAUUGUCUCAGGAAUCUGCGCGCCCCGGCACUAUCAUUUCGAGGGUGAAGCUUUUCGACACCAUGGUGGACACCUUCCUCCAGAAGUUGGUCGCUGCCGGGAGCUUCCAGAGGUUCACUGACUAUUACAAGAGCUUCUACCAGCUGCAGCCUGAGAUGACCCAGCGCAUCCAUGACAAGUUUGUAACUCAGCUGCAGACUUCUAUCCAGGAGGAAAUCUCUGAGAUCAAAGCUGAGGGAAACCUGGAAGCUGUCCUGAUUGCAUUGGACGCGAUUGUGGAAGAAAGCAAAGACCGCAAGGAGCCAGCCUGGCGCCCCAGUGGGAUCCCGGAGAAGGACCUGCGCAGCGCCAUGGGGCCCUACUUGCUGCAGCAGCGGGGGGCCCUGCAGCGUCGUGUGCAGAAGCAGGAGGCCGAGAACAGGCAGCUGGCGGACGCUGUCCUAGCUGGGCGCAGGCAGCUGGAGGAGCUGCAGCUGCAGGCCCAGGCCCGGCAGCAGGCCUGGCAGGCUCUACACAGAGAACAGAAGGAGCUGUUGGCCGUGCUAAAGGAGCCUGAGUGAGGAGGAGAGGGCCAGACCCAGGAGCAGAGGGCAGUCAAGGUCAAGGGCCUGUGGUCCAGGAUGCUGGGCCUGAGUGAGCUGCAUGUGAGAACAGUCCCUCAGCAGUGAUGGAAUCUGCUGGAGAAGGAAGUGUCUCCAUUGCUGUUGUACUUUGGGGCUCCUUGGUGUCAGAAACAUACACGACGUUCAGAUUCCUCCCGUUUUCUCCUAACUUGAGGACUCUUGGCCAGCUUCCGCCGUGGAAGGCAGGCCCUGUGCUUCCUCUCGUAUAGGUUUGGGCCAACCCGCCACCCUACCCCCCGACAGACACUGCCAGUUCCUGAGCCCGCCCUCGGACCUGGCUCAGGGACUCUGUUUCCAGUCUCCUGAUUGCCCCCUUGCUGGCCAGCCCCAGGGGCCCUUGCCAUGCUCUCCCCACAUCCGCAAAUAAACCUCCUCCACUACACUGUAA